AUGCCUGAUCCGCUUAAUUCGUCGGAACUUCGAAGAGCAGAAAACUUCUUAUGUCGUUUGGCGCAAGCCGAAAUGUUUGCGGAGGAAAUUUCCAACCUUACAAGUGGGGAACGAGUCGCGAAAAAUUCGCCACUCAAAUGGUUGAACCCAUUCAUCGAUCGAGACAACAUCCUUCGUGUCGGUGGCCGGUUAAGCAACGCUCCACUGACGACACUUUUGGCACAAGUUGAGAUGUGUCUUAACUCUCGUCCUCUCACCCCGAUGCCGCAGGAUCCGUCCGAUCUGGAGGUCCUUACACCAGGACACUUUCUGAUAGGUGAAAAUACGCAAUCCGUUCCAGAGGUAGACCUAAUGAGGACUGCAGACAACCGUUUGGAUCACUGGGAAUUAACCCAGAAGAGGUUCCAAGUCAUCUGGUCGCGGUGGUAUCCAGAGUACCUUCAGCAGCUGCAGUCACGUGCUACCAAAGGAUGUAAUCCACCUGUUUCCAUCGAAGAAGGACGAAUAGUCAUCAUCAAGGAGGACAAUGUUCCCUCAGCUAAAUGGCCUCUUGGAAAAAUCACCAAGCUUCAUCCCGGAAAGGAUGGUGUAGUCCGGGUGGUCACCCUGAGGACUGCAUCAGCCAAGGAAGUCGUUCGCGCUGUAUCCAAGAUUGCUCUACUUCCGGUACUCUCCCAGUCAUCGAUCAUCGAAUAA